AUGUCUUCGCCGUCGCCGCUUUCGACAACAGAGUCAUUCUUCUGCGGCGGUUUAGCUGCAUGUGUCGCUGUGACAAUCUCAAACCCCGCCGAGGUUGCCAAAACACGCUUGCAACUCCAAGGCGAACUGGCCAAGGACGGCGGUCAACGAGUCUACCAUAGUGCUAUCGACGUCCUUCGGAAAACAUGGCGCAAUGAAGGAAUAAGAGGAAUACAACGAGGGCUUCCACCUGGAUAUGUCUAUCAGAUCCUGCUAAACGGCUCGCGCCUAGGAUUCUACGAGCCAAUACGAACUACAGUCAACUCUAUUUUGGGUUUCAAGCCGAAGGAGCAAAUUGUGGGCACGUCCGUCCUUGCCGGAGCUGCGAGCGGUGUCGUUGGAGGUAGGGAGCAUUCGACCUCCGACCCUUAA